AUGAGCACUCGCCAACAACUCGACGCCUAUCAGUCCUUCGUGGAACGGUACGCCGCUGCCCGUCAGUUCACUCAUGCUGCCCUCUCUCAGCAGAGGAAUACCCCCCGCCAAGUGUCGUCCAUGGGUUUCGGGGCCCUGGCUAUCACCGAUGGCUCGCCCUUCGUCGCGGCCCCUCCUGACGCCGGAGCUUCCGCUGCGGCUCCUUCUUCCGCCGAGUCCCCCAUUACGGCUCCGACCCCUCUCUCCUCUGGCCAACAGGAGGCCAGACCUGCUCCUGUUGGCCCUUCGCAAGCUUCGGGUCAGUCUGCUACUGUGGUGGAGAUUGAUGAUGACGACGAGGAUAUGGAUAUCGUUGAUAGUGAUGAUGAGAUGGAUGAUGUUGUUGAUGGUGAGGAAACGGGUGGUGUAGAUGAUGGAGAAGUAAUGGCCGGUGUAGAUGAUGUUGAGGAGGCGGAUGAUAGAGCCGCAAGGGUGGCGGCGCUGAAGGCCUUGAGUCCCAUCCGUAUUACGAGGGGUUCUCCAGAACUUCGUAUUACCAGUCAAUAUUCCGAUGGUAACAAGCGCGUCGAGUACGCCCAUCAUUUGGAACAGGUCAAGGCCGAAAAACGUCCUCGGUCAUCCCCCAAUCAGGACGAACCUCUCUUCCCUUCGGCGAAACGGACCAAAGGUACUCGUAGUUCGCCUCCCUCUGGUCUGGAGGAAGUGUCUCCCUCUCCCACCAAGGAGCCGAAACGGUCGUUGCGGGAGCAGGAAAGAUUAUGGAAGUUGUUUACCGAUGAGAGGGAGCGAUGGGAGGUCGCAAGUAUCGAUGAGUCGUGUGAUAGAUGUCGUCGCGAAAUCAUCACGUAUGGAAGGUCGAAGUGGCCGUGUCUACGACCGGUCAAACCUCAUAAUCGCGGAUCCCGUUGUGCUUCUUGCACAUCCGGGCCAUGCUCGUUCUGUCCCCCCAGUACCGCUCGGGAUAUUCCUCCUAGGACCUCUGUCCCUCCUUCAACAGCGCGGGACGUACUAGCAACUCCCUUCGUCCCCUACUGGGGGCCUCCUUACACUCCGUCCGACGUCGUUCGCCGCCGUGUCCCCACGGCCCAGGACAAGGAAUUCUCCCCGCCCUCUCCUUCGGCAAACUUCUCCUCUCCCGGCCCUACUUCGCCGUCUCCCGCCGCCCGUCGCCCGCCUGCCUCUCCCGUCGCUGGACCGUCACGUCUUCCUGCCACUCCUUCGGGAGGUCCGUCCCGUCGCACUCCUCGUCGUGCUUCUUCCGCCGCUCUUCGGCCUUCUACUCCUGUGGCUGGCCCAUCUCGUCUCCCGGCUACUCCUUCUGCCGGUCCGUCUCGUCCCACCAGGAGCCGUCCUACUCCUGUCUCAACUCAAGAGGAUUCCCCUCUAAGUCUUCCUCCUGCCCUCGGAACCCGGAGCCGUCAACCAUCUGUUCCUCCUGCUACUGGGCUCCUCACUCCUGCUCCUCCUGUCAAGACUCCUCCUUCGAAAUCUUCAAAAGGGAAAAAUAAGAAAAAGGUCGUCCAAUUCGAACCUGCGGUGGUAGGGAAUGAAAGUACUCAGCUACCAGAGGAAAUCCCUCCUCCCCUCGACCACCCCUACAUUUCCGACGACCCUCGAAUCCCAGAGGAGGAGAAACAAUUGGCUACCUUCCGCUCUCUCAUCAUUGGUUUGACUACGCACUUACAUGCCAAUAGACGAGAUACGGCGAAGCUCCUCGAAUAUUGCAUGAAGCUGGUCUCUGGUAUGAACACUCUCUCCCGGACAAUGGCAACUCUUCUAGAGUCUCCCGAGAGCUCAUGA